AUGAGUAGUUCUCGCCGUGGCGAGAGUAGCAACAAGAAGAACAAGGGUAAGGAGAAGGAGUCGGCGCGAAAACGCAUUGUCUGGUUCAUCGGCCGCCCAAAGAAAAGCGGUGAAAUAAGCCACGCCCACGGGACUACGUCUCUUGGUGGAGCUGACGUCCGCGACGACGAACACGUGACAAUUUUCGCAGACCGCCAGCCGGGAGGGAGCGCAGACGCAGAUUUCGAAUUUGAAGGCCAUAUUUAUCUCAAUCUUUAUGAAGAUGGUACACCGUGGAGACUUCUUCAUCCGGACGAGUUUGAGUUCGACGGUGCUAGAGCACCCAUUGUCUUGUAUGACGAGGAUCAAAAUUCGUAUCCGUACUAUUUGGGCGACGCAUACUAUCAGUAUUACGAGAGCCUCAUCUAUCAGCAGUACUACACUCCCCAUCAGGAGGCGGAAAACGUCGACUCUUAUGCCGGAGCUGCGCAGUCCGCUACGGGGGAGGGUGAACCUGUUCAUGUCAAAGCAAAGAGGAAAAGGAGAAAGGGGAAGGGGAAGGCCACCUAG